GAAAUUAGAGUGCAGUUCUGAAGACCGAAGGCGUUGUCGAUCUUCACCACAACACUCUUGGUAAACAAAACACAAUGGCGGAGGAUCUCGGUGCCAGUUUACAUACUUAUAAAGUUCAAUUAGAGCAGGUUGAGGCAGCGCUGACCUCAGACCCAAACAAUGCCGAGCUGCUGAAACUCAAAGGAGACUUGCAGGAGGUUAUCACACUCACCAGAAAUCUAAUUGAUGCACAAGCCAACUCUGCAACAACAAAUGCAGGGCAGAGUACGGAAGAACCAGUCACUACCUCAGGAGCUGUCAAAGCAUGGAAGGUUGGGGAUAAGUGCCUGGCUAUCUGGUCAGAAGAUUCUCAAUGGUACGAUGCAGUUAUUGAUGCCAUAACAGAUGAUGGGCUUGUAGCUGUCAGUUUUGAGGGCUAUGGAAAUUCAGAUGUAACUAAGCUAUCAUUACUGAAGGAAAGAAUCCCAGGGGAAAGCAGAGGUCAACACAAGCCUGGUGCCUCAGCAGAACUAGAUAAGAAUAAGAGAAAGCAGAUGGAAGCUCAGCGUCAGCAGGCUAAGAAGAGGAAGCAGAAGAAGCAUGACCGUCAAAAAAUGAUAGAGGAGGCACAUGAAGCAGAUAAGGCCAAGUGGCAAGCAUUUUCAACCAAAGUUAGAGGGACAAAAAAGUUGAAGGGAGUCACCAAAAAGUCGAUAUUUGCCACUCCGGAUGCAGCAAAUGGAAGAGUUGGUAUUGGCACUUGUGGCAUUGGCGGCAAGCCCAUGACGGAAUACACUCACGCAGAAAAGUGGCGAAAAGGGACAUAGUGACUGAACGGCCAACAAGAAUCUAGGAUUGCGUAAGCUAAGAAGCGAAUAUAAUUAAGGAAUAUUAUUUAUAGUGACAGUGGACAGCAAUGAACCAUGUGCAGGCCAUUGUAUUUGUAGUGAAUGAUUUUAAUACAUUUUGUGGUGAUGUGACAUGGAAUAUUAUCAGACUGCUACAGCUUGUCAAGCUUACCAUGUUCAGUGAUGGAAAAAACUUGUGCAAACGAUUUUCUCUCUC